AUGAGUUGUGUAGAGCAAGGUUUUACGUUUAAGUCUUCUUCGAGCAUUUUGGUUGUGGGACCCUCCAACUGUGGAAAGACCACCUUCCUAAAACGUCUCUUAUUGGAAAAUGAGGACCUUCUCACCACGCCCUCCAGAAGAAUCGUCUACUGUUACGGGUCGUGGCAACUGACCUUUGACAUCCUAAAAAAGGAAGGCGUGACAUUCCAUGAAGGUGUACCUACCCACGAACAAUUGAAAGAAUGGUUUGGGGACAAAAAAGGGGGUCUCUUGAUCUUGGACGAUCUCAUGGCCGAAGGAGGAGACAACAAAGAUAUCCUAAAUCUCUUCACUCAGUAUUUGCAUCACAUGAACGUCACUGUGUUUUAUCUAUGUCAAGACAUGUUCCCUCGCUGAAAAUAUGCCAAGACCAUCUCUAGGAAUGCUCAAUACAUAGUGGCCUUCAAACAUCCUAGGGACCAGGUGGCCCUGCACACACUCUUCAAAUGUAUCCCAUGACUUGGAAAGACCCGUUGGAGCAAUAUAACGCAUGUACGGAACGUCCCUUCGGUUAUUUAUUGUUGGAUAUACAUCCUGCUACUCCAGACAAUAGAAGAUUACUGAGUCACUUAUUGAAACACGAAGGUUGUAUCCGUUGCUACAGAAAGAUAGAUAGAAAGAGCGAGAUAGAUAGAUAGAUAGAUAAAAAGAGCGAGAGAUAAAUGGAUUCCAGUCCCAUUUGAAUAUACAAUGCAAAUUUGUCCGAUUUGGAUCCUAACGACCUCUUGGAAGAAAUGGGUCUUUUGGGUGUGGGGGUAGGUAACUCACCUAAUCCCGCACCUUUGUUGAAUACAUCCAUUGUUCAAUCAGGCGGUCUGGGAGGUAUGAUUGCUUCGGUGUCGCCCCUGCCUUCUCCUGCCAGAAGCGAACGAGGAAGAUUGGGUUCACAGAGUUCCUUGAAUCUAAGUCUUGGACCCUCGCCACCACCAAGUUCACCCCCACCACCUAUUUGAUCAUCCACUCCCAGACGACUUGGUCGUGGAUGUGUGAAGAGCGUGGGUAAAGCCCCGAGAAAGCAAAUACCUAGCAUAUUACCUACUAGCGAUGAUGAUGAUGUCGAUGCAGAUUCUAACAACAUGGGCCAAAAUGAUUUGCAACGAAGGUUACAAAUAUUAUUGAACGAUCAAAGAAAUGCAGCAGCCGAAAGAAGAAUCUCAGGCAUUACUACCACCAAUACCAUCACGACAACUUAUAAAGAUAAUGGACGUCCCACCGUAACGCGCAAUUCUACCAGUGUGCGGAACUAAACAGAUGGCACACCCUAAAGGUCGAGCACGCAGAAAACGAAAAAGAAGAGUAGAAAAAGGAGGUCUCAUACCAUUGGCAGCUGUUCUUCCGGCCCUCAUAUCAGGCGGCAAAUCUUUAGCCCUCAGCAGAGCUGCGUAUGGUGCCCAAAAAGCCUUGGGAAAAAUAAUAAAGAAAGUCAAGAAGAAGAAGAGACGAUGAAACGUAUUGCAAGAAAUCUGGAUUUUUUAAAAUCGAUUCUACGCGAAAAGAAUCACCACAGACGAAUGGAAAAACUCUUGCAUGCCAAUAAAGAUCAGAUCAAUGCCGUGAGUGAAUUCACCAUUAACAUGUUGAAGAAUAACUUCCCCUUACCACCACACAUCAUGGCAAAAUUACAAAAGCACAAACAUAAUCUGAGGGAAGUUUCGAAAUGCAAGAAUUCCUUGAAGAUACGUUGUCAAGUGCUCAUGAAUCAAAAGGGUGGUAGCUUUUGGAGUGGUCUGAAUGAAACGCUUUGUUGUUGCAUGAGAUGAAAAGAGGUAGAGGUUCAUUCCAUCUUCGAGUAGGGAACUACGAUAUAGACAUAAAUGGGGUGACAUGUAACCCACGUUUCAAACAGUAGUUUCAUGGUCUGUGGAAGAAACAUAUCGCCGUUCCUCUUCAAAACUUAUGGAAACGUACAUGAUGAUAAAACGCGACGAAUUUAGUACCUUGGUAGACUAUUACAAAGGAAAGAUUUCAGAAAGUACCUUACUGGACAAGGCAGCACGAGUGGCAGCCGAAGCUCAGAUUUUGAUAGAUGAUCCCAAUACCCCUGCCGCCUUGAAAGAACCUGUGGUGAAAGAGAUGUUGAAGGAAAACAAGAACAAUUUAUGGACGAACGUGUUACUAGUACCUUUAGACAUGGAUGGUGACGAAUAUUGCAUUACCUACAGAAUCUCUAUUGAGUGAAUAUCUCUCCAUCCUUGAGGAUAACCACGGUCUUUUAAGAACAUUGCGAUGUAUUUUCAAUACUACCAGUGGGAAUGUCACAGUCGUAACCACAGUGUAUUUCAAAGACAUCAAAGAAGAAAGGAUGGAAACUGUACACGAUUUACUGCAAGCACUAUUUGAAACCGAACGUCGCUUACUCAUCGAUAGUUUAGACAGCGGUUUUCAGCCAAACCCUACAAAUUACCAUAAGCAAUUUGAUGUAUCCUUCAACAAGGAACAGGAAGAGUGUCUCGUCACCACCACAAACAUUGGAGACGAUAGCAUAACUCCCAAAAACAUGAUACAAAUGUUUACGUCAUGUUACGUGAGGACAUGUGUUAUAAGUUCGGAUGGGUCAGAGACGUCGUGACAAACAAUGCUCAGGCAUUGACCACUGGACCUAAUCUAACAAAGCAGUUUCAUCAUGACAGUAAGGGAUGAAUAGAGUCUAAGACAGUCAGAUCAAAUCAGAAUAGACCUCACGGUCUUAAACACACCACCAUAAAUGGAUUCAAAGGAAUUGUAUUCUAUCUCGAUUCCAUUGUGUGGACGUUCACACGUACCGUAACCUGCACGUACAAGAGAGGUCCGUCACACCGUGCACUCUACCUCUACUCGUGGCUAUGUGCUUCAACCAUCAUGGGAAAUGAAACGACCGAUUUAUUGAGGCAAGUGGAGUACUGUCCUACGUUGAAAGGUCAUUCGUGUUAUGAACUGCAUUCCAUUCAAUACAAGCGUCUCCGGAACAACCACAUCUCCUUCAUCGAAACAGCUAUAACAGAAAUGGACGAGAAUAAAUUAGCUCAGUUCACCGAAGGUCCGUUCAUACUCACCAUUCAUUUCAGACGUGUGUGCUAAGUGUCCUAAGAUGAUAAAUCACUUCUACGUUACAUUACCUAGCAACGACGGUAGCAUCAAAUACUAUCCACAGAAUACGAAUCAUUCCUGGAAAAAUCGCCUCUCGCACCGUAUCAAUCUAGAGGGCAAUUAG